CAUGCUGGUCUGGUCACUGUGGCCCUGCUGCCUUUCUGCUUUAGGCCUGCUGCUGUUGGCUGACACCAUUCAGGAGAUACAUCAACAAAGAUGUAAAUUUAACCACACAAGAUCUCGGGAAACACCUGCAUCUAAAACUGAAAGGAUGACGCGUUUGCUUUGAAGCAACAGUGAGAAGGAAAAGAGCAGCAGCCUUUUAUAGGUUUGAAACUCUGGUUUUAUAAAUCUUUAGCUUUGGAAACUGACUUGGCAUCUCUUCUUACUCGGCCGUAUCCUGGCUACUACUGCGCCUUGCUGACUGUCAAAGAAAACAAGUCUUUCUUGGAGUUAAAAGAAACACUUAAAACUUCCACAUCCCUCAGUCUACAGCAUUCCUGACCAGAGCAGAGGGAUCCUUGUCCUCCCGACGACAACAUCAGCUUAACAAGAUCAUAAAACUCACAGCUUUACCUCCAAGAUGCUGAACCUCAACUCGCCGGACAACAACAGCAACAGGAACUCUCUCCAGGACCCGGUGUCAUUAAAUGUUGGUGGAGAAAUUUACACCACAACCCUGGACACUCUGACACGCUGCCGUGACUCGAUGCUUGGCGCCAUGUUCACAGGACAAAUCCCUAUGCUCAGGGAUAGCAAAGGAAACAUUUUCAUAGACCGCGACGGUAAAGUGUUCAGGUACAUUCUAAAUUACCUGCGCUCCAGCUCCCUGGACCUGCCGGACGGCUUUUCAGAGCUGGCACUGCUGCAGAGAGAGGCUGACUUCUUCCAGAUACACCCCCUGCUGGAGGAGAUUCACCGAUAUGAGGCGUCAGUUCCUCGCAGCCUCAGAGGAGGACCUCUCGGAGCCAUGAUUAUUGUUAACGUUGAGUCCAAGGUCCGCAUUCUCCACUUUAACUUGCGCCAUGGGCCAGAAAACUAUGAGCUUCGUACAUGUUCCGUGCAAGCCUUUACAGUCAACCUCUUUUGCACCUGGAGAGCUUUCCUCGGUCUGCUUUGCGAUUGCUUCUCCUACAGAACAUCCCAGGGUCUUACCAGCCCCCACCCAUGCAACCCGAGGCAGAACAGGCUGAAACUGGAGUGGGUCCCGCGGCCCGAUGAACUCCCGCAGGACCAAUAUGACAAACAACGCUACCAGGAACUAACUGUGUGUAACCCAGAGGUCACGCGGUCAGAUGAACUCAUGAACAUGCACCAGAGCCUCUGUGAAAUCACAGACAUGCAGGGUUUUGUGGAGGAGCUGCUGAAGGUGUCUCUGGCCGAAGGGUUCAGGGUUGAUCUGGUGACUCCGGACCCAGCGGAAAUUCUUAACUGCACCUCACUGCGACUCGUCAAGGGCUGAGCUCUGGGUGGAGAAUUAAACUAACAAAAAACACAAGAACAUGCCAAGUUGAUGAACUUUGGACGGUUCUUUUUAGUCACAUCUGAACCACUUACCCUUAGAACUUAAUCAGUUUAAACAAAUCUAUUAUUAGUUGAACUAAAUUUAUGUAGAAAUCAAAAGGAUAUGCAUUGUGACUAGGUGGUAAUUGAAUUUUAUAUUAAAGAAUUUACCAAAAUAAUAAAUAAAAAGUUCUGUUAAAUAGAAUAUUUUAUAUAAUAAUACAAAUAAUAAUAAUAAAAAGUUUUUCCACAUGCUUACACGUCAUAUUGUCAGUAUUUACAUGUAACAUUUAGAUGUAACUUAGCUUUUUUCAGACUUGGAAUCUGAACCAUUGUUAGCUUCAUUUAGCGGUUAAAGUGACAGCUUUGGGGCUUUCAAUGUGGAAAUGUUGUGGAAAUGUUCCAUGUUGACUCUGUUUACAAUGACAUAAGGAAUAUUUACAUGUGGCAGCUCUGGGGUUGGGCUUGAUUCCACUCUCCAUACAACUUUGUAGAUGCCCCAAUAAACUUUCUUCAUUUAUUACAUUAUGAUCUAUGUAGAUUUCUGUUCCCUGUCAAUCAUGUCUGAGAGCACAUAAGCACAGUCUUAAUGGAUGCUCACCAAAAUGCAUUGUGUUUAUCCUUGAGGCCUAACAAAGGCAUUUAGUGCAUUUCCUACCUCAUAAAAAAUUUACUAAGCCAAUUUUUGCCUUUAUUUGUGCAUUGCUACAUUUCAUGUUAUGUUACCACUGCCAACGUGUGUGUGUGCAGGAAAGACUAAGGCUGUAUUCAUAUAGACAUUAAAACAAUGCAGGGCACUGAG